AUUUACUAAAGCACUUCAUUAAGUAGACUUUCCGAUUCUUCUGCGAUUGCUAAUAUUCAUUUUUAAAUGAAUGCUUCACGAUUAUUGAACACGAUACAAAAACAAAUAAUAUACAGGAAUGCCAAUAUCAACAGCAUCAGAGUACUUAAAUUUACACGGAAAAAGAGGAAGCAUUUACUGCAUAAGUAUUGAUACAAAUUGAGCAUUAUCAGCAGCGUCAGGGUCCUUCCGUUUUCUAUAAAUACAAAAUCACUACUAGCUGUGAUAUAUUCUGCACUUUACACGCGAGAAGACUGUUCGCUCUAUUUGCAACCUGGCUUCAAAGGUUACGUGUCGUUAAAAUGACACGAACGGUAUGGAUUCUGAUAUUUACCGGCAUCGUUGCUGAUGCUAGUAUCAGAGACUAUCCUCUGAAUUUAGGAUGGUUGUUCGAUAGGGACAGUGAACCAGGUAUCCAACAAUCGAAAGAAGAACGUUCACUUUGUGAAACCCCAGAAUGUGUUGCACUUGCGAAGAUAGUGACAGAGAACAUGGACACCAGCGUGGAUCCGUGCGAUAAUUUCUACGAGUAUGCGUGUGGGAAUUGGGAAAAGCACAAUCCUCUUCCUGAAGGUUUACCGAGUUGGAGCCCUAUGAUGAGAGCGAGAGAAUUGGUGAACCAGCGUCUUCUGGAUAUAAUACAAGAGAAGUCAAAGUCUGACGACGUUCUGGGUUUGAAACUAUCCAGAAGAGCUUACAAUGCAUGCAUGGAUACAGACGAGUUGGAAAGAAGAGGAGUUCAACCACUUAUAUCUUCAUUAUGGAGAAUCGGUGGUUGGCCAUUAAUAAUGGAUGACGAUGAAUGGGACGAGGAAUUGUAUAAAUGGCAAUACGUCGAUGAUUAUUACGCUCAUUUGACUGGUCUGAAUGCCUUACACGACGUGCAAGUUAGCGCGCCGUGGGAUUCGGAAACUGAAGGAGAAGAAAAAUUCUUGGUGGUUAAUACACCCCAUAUACCGUAUAAAUCGUACUUGCUUGUCAGCAGCAGGGAAAUUGAUUGGGACAGCAGCGACGAAAAUAAUGACAGCGGAGGAGGAAGCGAAGAACGAGGCAGCGAAGAGAGGGGCAGAAAGGACGACAACAGCGAGGAAAACGAAGGAGAAGAUGAAGAUUCGCAGGAGAAGAAAUUAGUUAGUAGGAUUAACAAAAAAUUAGCUGUCAACAGAAGGAAGAGCGGUAAAAGGAAAUUGUCGGAGACACACGCCGAAAAGAGGACGAAGAGAACGAAGAGAGCAGCGAUUCGGUCGAAAGACAGGAAACACCAUGAAUGGACCAAGGUCAAUGAUCAAGGAAUUCGGCAUGAUAAGAGAGCUGACAAAUUAUCGCACAAUAAAAAAGUGUCCGUACAUAUCAGUGGUAAAACUCGUUUGAAAAACCAUGACUCGCGGAGAAAUGGAAAGAACGGAAGAACGAACGAUGACAUAUAUUUUGAUAAUCCUGUCACCGAAGACGAAGAUUCCGAUGAAAACGAGAACGAGAACGAUAGCGAGGAUUCUAACGAUGAAGAGGGCGGAGAGGAUAGAAAUGAUUCCAAUGAUGAAGACGAUUGGGGCAGUGGCAAUGGCAGCGGCGACGGAUCGGACGACGAAGACAGUGACUAUGAUGAUAGGGAUGAAAAAGAAAGGAAAAGAAUAGAAGAACUGAGGAGUCAAUAUAAAAAAUUUAUGCUGAACGUCACUAUGGCGCUUGUUGAAGCCAGAGGAGUCGAAAUUUCUGAGGAGAAAAUAAGGAAUAAUAUUGACGAUUUGCUGGAGUUCCAGUUAAGUCUUAUAAGGCUCAUAUAUACGGACCAUGAGCAGGGAAACCUUACAGUUGCAGAAUUUCAAGCGAGAUACGAUGACUUGAAACCAGUCACGAAUAAUGGCAAAAUAAAUUGGUUGAACAAGCUACAGAGUCUGUUCACAACGGCGGGAUUAAGCGUGGAUAAUGAUACGAGGAUCCUAACUAUAUCUCGUAGAUAUAUGAAAGGACUCCGCCAGUUACUGGAUAAUACACCGAGCAGAAUUAUCGUGAAUUACAUUCAUUGGAACUUCAUCAACAGAGCGAUAAAAGGUACCACGCAGGAGAUGAGAGACUUUUAUUAUAAUUGGUAUACGAACGAGGAACGCUCCGAGAAGAGAUCCAUGCAAUGCAUCGAGGACUUAGAGGCGAAAUACUGUUUAGGAUACGAAUACGUGAAACGAUAUUUCUCCGACAAGUGGCUGCAAGCGGCAUUGGACAUGAUCAGUGAUAUCCAAAAGGAGGUCGAAUACCGGGUGGAGGAAUCAACAUGGAUGGACGAUGCCACCAAAGAAUAUAUAUUAGACAAAUUGGUGUACAUGAAAGCGUUAAUCGGUUAUCCGCCUCAGUAUCGAAAUGCCACAAUCAUGCAGAAUCAUUUCAGAGGACUCAGCAUCAGCAAGUCCCAUUACGAGAAUAUGCUGGGUGUGAUGAGAUACAAGAAACGGGACAACCUGAGGAGCCUCAACACUACAAUGGAUGUCUCUAAUGAAGCUUUUAUAGAUCCAUUGGUUGUCAAUGCCUUUUAUAUUCCUGGUCUUAAUCUUUUUGAAAUAACAGCGGCUGAUUUUCAAAGUCCCAUGUACGGUCCAAAUCAGCCAUGGUACACCAAUUUUGGUAUCCUGGGAUUCAUAAUGGCGCACGAAGUAAAUCACGGGUUCGAUGAUAGCGGUCGUAUGUUUGAUAAGCACGGCGAAUUUGCUGAGUGGUUGUCUGCCAUGGCAGAAGCAUACGAGGACCGAGCGGAUUGCUUUAGAGAGCAGUACACCAAAUACAGCGUGGAACAAAAUAGAACAGCAAAUAUUCAAAUAGAGGAUUAUGGCUCUCAAACGUCCGGUGAAAACAUAGCCGAUACAAUGGGCUUGCAAGCUGUGUUCGGCGCUUACCAACGGAGGCUAAGGAAAUGCAAAGUGCCAGACCCAAUGUUACCUGGUUUACAGAACUUCACUAACAAUCAAAUGUUCUUCUUAUCCGCUGCCAAUGUGUGGUGUACAACUUACGAUAUGGAAAAAUUGAAGGGCCGAUUAAAGCAUGACCCUCAUAGCCCGGGCCCAUUAAGAGUAAUCGGCUCUCUGUCUAACUCCGAAGACUUCGCCAAAGCGUACAAUUGCCCGGAAGGGAGCUUUAUGAAUCCGAAAAAGAAGUGUAACAUAUGGAAAUAACAAUGCUGUAUUCGCUAUUAGUAGUUUCUGAUGUUUCUAAUGUUCAACGUUUGAUGAUGAUGUAUUGAUAAAAUGCAAUUUGUACAUGUAUUUCUUCUCUGCGAUCGAUUCAUGUAUGCUUGUGAAGAAAUAGAUGUAGAUCGUAAAUAUA